AUGGAUUUUAGGUUCCGUCUGCGACGAAAGAAGCCGAAGCAGUCUCCUCAGCUUUCCCCUUUCGCCUCGCUGAAAUCUAUUUCCAAUGAGGACCUCUCCAACGGCUCCAUCUAUCAACGAUUUUUUGGUCCCAGUACUGACCUCUCCAAGUCUUCGCCUGAAGCUCCAUCAGAGCAGUUGCCACCUGCACCACCCAUUUCUCCCAUCACACCCUCCAUCACCUCGAGAGCCAGUCGAAUCUCAAACGCUCUGCGCGAUGCGGUAAGGAUGCUGAGGUUGGGAGGAGAUGGCCAUCAUCAGCAGCAGGAGGAGGAUACAGUGACCCUGGAGGAUGCCAACUCCUCGCUACCACCAUCAUCAGGUGUUGCCUCAACGGCGCAACCGAACCUGUCGGCAAGUCAGACGCGGCUCUUCAGACAGCAGAAGAGGCCGAUGCGAGGAUCUGGCACAAUGAGUGCGGCGUUGGGUGGAGUUGUUAAGAUUGGAAGAAGGAGUAAAGCCUCCACGGUGUCUCAAGACUCGGGACAUUGUAACACCUUCGAGGUGACGAGUGUCCAAUGCACAUCGUUUGGUGGAGACCUCGCUAUUGCUCUCCUUCGUAAAGUCUUUUCACAAGUACAUGGUAACGGUUGGAAUAUCCAAGUUGUUCUAGCACCUAUGGUGCUAGAAUCUAUCGUACUCAUCGGGCUGGACUUGGACACAGCCACAGUAUCCUGUGGAAGGGCAAUUGAGCCUGCAAAGUGCAAUGCGGUGCUGCGCAGUGAUUCCUACGAUCGUGACGUCGUCGUGGGUAGGGAGGAUCAGUCGUCAGCAAAGAGAAGUGAAGUCCUGUUUCGCCCUGUAACGCCACAAAAAGAGUACGUUGGUCAAGGGGAAGCUAAAAUUUGCAGACAAGUGCAGUUCACACGAAGACUCUUGGCAUCUGAGGUGGAUGGGUAA